CACCAGGAUGACGGAGACAGCAAGCAAAAUAUAAGUUAGAAGAAGCACGGAGAAUUCGCAGAGUUUGAAGGAAACCUCUGGAUAGAUUGUAUUGCAUGCACUGUGGUGUGCUCAGAUGAGUUCAGUCACUCUUUCUUGGAGCUGAACCUAAACAUCAUUACAGAAAGAGGCUCUCUACUAAAUAGACAGAAUAUCUCCUCUAAACCUUGUUACAGAAAGAGGCUCUCUACUAAAUAGACAGAAUAUCUCCACUAAACCUUGUUAUAGAAAGAGGAUCUCCACCAAACCUUGUUACAGAAAGAAUAUCUCCACUAAACCUUGUUACAGAAAGAAUAUCUCCACUAAACCUUGUUAUAGAACGAGGAUCUCCACCAAAGCUUGUUACAGAAAGAGGAUCUCCACCAAACCUUGUUACAGAAAGAGGAACUCCACUAAACAUUGUUACAGAUAGAUGAUAUUCAUUGUACACAAGGAGAGGAUCUCACCUCAACAUUAAAAACCGGCAGAGGACCUUUACUAAACACUGUACUCCAGGAGAGGAUCUCACCUCAACAUUAAAAAUCGGGAGAGGAUCUCCAUUAAACACGGUACACCAAAUCGCCAUUAAACAUUGCACAACAACCAAACUGGAUACAGUUCCACCUUUAGGAAUGCAGAGUAGAUUCCACGGGUUCUAUGUUCCACUCCUCCCUGAGCUGGAUCUGAACUUGGUUCUCUCAGCAAUUAUUCAUGCCACACAGCCAUUUGCCCAGUGAAUCAAGUGUUUGUAUCAUGGGAUGGAUGUCAGCUGCAACCUUACUUAUUGCUUAAUGGCAACAAGAAUGCAAGAAGCAGAGCAAAGCGAUCUGCUGGGGAUAUUGCCACUUUUCCUAGAGGAGAGACAACUCAACAGGACCAAUGAGUCCUUACAGGACUUAUUCAGGGGUUUUAACUUUGAGAAAUCCGAUAUCAUUGGAGAUAGCACUGCCAUAGUGAGGAUCAUUAUAUCCAUCGUUUACUCUGUAGUGUGUGCCCUAGGACUGGUGGGCAAUGUGCUGGUGCUGUACCUCAUGAAGACUAAGCAAGGAUGGAAGAAAUCUUCCAUCAACCUCUUUGUCACCAGUUUGGCUGUGACGGACUUCCAGUUUGUAUUGACUUUGCCCUUCUGGGCAGUGGAGAACGCAUUGGACUUCAGCUGGCUUUUUGGCAAAGCUAUGUGCAAAAUCGUAUCUUAUGUAACAGCCAUGAAUAUGUAUGCUAGCGUGUUUUUUCUCACUGCCAUGAGUGUAGCCAGAUAUUAUUCUGUGGCAUCAGCUCUUAAAUCGAAAAGAAGACCCAUUGGGUGCUCUGCCAAGUGGGUCAGUAUUCUGAUUUGGGUUUCUGCUAUUUUAGCGUCCCUACCAAACGCUAUUUUCUCCACAACUUCAACUGUGUCCAGUGAAGUGCUUUGCCUGGUUAAAUUUCCAGUUAAUAAUGGUAAUGCUCAGUUCUGGCUGGGACUGUACCAUGCCCAGAAAGUUCUACUGGGGUUCUUGAUCCCUUUGGUAAUAAUUACUAUAUGUUACCUCCUCUUAGUAAGAUUUAUCACAGACAGGAAUGUAAGCAGCUCCAGCACCAAGAGAAGAUCUAAAGUUACCAAAUCUGUAACCAUUGUGGUACUUUCAUUUUUCCUGUGCUGGCUUCCUAACCAAGCCUUAACCACCUGGGGUAUUUUGAUCAAAAUGAAUGUAGUGCAAUUUAGUUAUGAAUAUUUCACCACCCAGGCUUAUAUAUUCCCCAUCACUGUGUGUCUGGCUCACUCCAACAGCUGUCUAAAUCCCAUCCUGUACUGCCUGAUGAGGAGGGAAUUUCGUAAAGCUCUCAAGAACCUCUUCUGGAGAAUGACAUCUCCAUCGCUUACUAACAUGCGCCCUUUCACAGCCACCACCAAGCCGGAGCAGGACGAGCAGGCACAUGGCAUGGUGCCCUUGAAUCCUGCUGAGCCAGAUGUGAUUUGUUACCCACCAGGGGCUGUGAUCUAUAAUGGCCGGUAUGACCUACUGCCUAACAGUUCUGCAGAUCAGCGUUAUUAGACAUCUGGCCAACAAUCUGGACGUUCUAAUGGAACAUCUGCACAUUUGAGGAGCUCUACCAGGUGUUUUGCGCUGGACUACAGCCGAUCAUUCUCCUGAAUGUCUGGUGCUUCUAUCAGGUAUUUUGCACACAAUACCUGGAACUUUCGGAAACCCAAACACAUUACCACUUAAUACGGGUAGUCUAGGUGGAAAUAAGGGGUGUGAUCCACCUUCCUAAUGAGCAUCUAUAAAUUGGGUAUGUACCAUUGAUGAAGUGGGAUAGGAGAGUGGGUUUUUAAUGCCUAGAGUUGUAAUCCUACCAUAGUCAUUAUCAAAGAGAAGUUUAUGAAGAAACGUUAGGUGCAUAGAUGAAUAGCCUAUCAAAAAUGUUUUUAUUAUGUAAAGAGUGGAAAAAUUAUAUAUAUAUAAAAAAAAGCUUUGUUUAUAUGCUUGAAUGAAAUUCAUACACUUUUUAUGUUUCAGAAAUCUAUUUUUUUCUAUGGAAAUCAUCUGUUUAAAAAAAAGGCAUUUUAAUGUAACUAUAAUGACAAUUACCAAUAAAGGGUAUUUUGUAUAAAACCAGAGUUAUAAUUACACAACCAGAAACCAUCACUUGGAGCAACAUUCUAACAGUGAUGCAAUAUCCAUGGAACAUUACAUUUAUCCUUCUUAUUGCACCACUUAACUCAAAUAACUGUUUCUGAAAGUGCUAUUUUGCAAUUUUCUAACAGUUUUAUUUUUGUUUUGGUAAAUUCUUUAUCUUUCAUUAGGAAGAAUAAUUAGUAAUCGGUAAUAUUUGCAUACACAAAUGGAAAUACAUACCUACUGUACACAAUUAUUUUAAGGUAUGUAUGAAGAUAGUAUAGCUUUUUAUAUAUAGUCCAGGCUUUGCAUAACUUAAUGAGACAUGCACAAACACAUGAACCAUUUCUAAAAGCCAUCUGUUCAGAGGCACAUUUUGAAGUUUUAUGAUUGUACAGCCAUAUUAUGACCCAUUUAACCAUUACAGCACAUUGCUCAUGCCUUUGGCAAUGAAAUGCCAUUUAUAAUUUAGAGAUGAAAAACAAAUUCUGUGUUUUUUUUUUUCAUUUUCCUGUCAUAUUUUAAU